UGAGGAGGCAGUGAGAAUAGAGAAUAGAAGAGCCAGAACAGCCCUAAGAUAGGACAUCAUGAAGCUGCACGCUGCCCUCCUGCUGAUCUGCCUGUUCAGAGCAAGCCUUCCUUUGCCUGUACUUAUUGCCAGCAAUAGCAAUGAGAUUCUGAGACUCAAUGGAUUAACUCUUGCGGCUCUUGGACAAGCCCAGGCGUCAUCCCUUUUACCCCAACUUGUUCUGCAGCAGCCCGAUUUGUUGCUGACCCCUCAGAUGGUGAAUUUCAACCCUCAGUUAGCAGGUCCCUUUGGCCCCCAGGGGCCACAGCUGCUGCUCCCCAACCAGGGCGGGCAGGUCACGUCCGUGCUCCUUCCCAACGGUCAGCAGGAGCAACUCGGACCUCAGCAGGAUCCCAAUAAUCCCAACAUACCUCAGCAAGCCCAGAACCCAAUGCAGAUGUAUCCAUCGUAUCAGUACCCAUCUUUUGGGUUUCCCCACCUUCCCAGGCAGCAGGGCUUUCGCUAUUUUGUUCCAUCAUACGGUUAUCCACAGCAGAGGAAUCCUGCCAUGCUGCAGCCUAACAAUGGACAGCAGAACCUGGACAGAACCACCCAGAGACCUCAGCUCCCUCUGCAGCAGGGCUCCAAGCCAAAGCUACAGACUGAAAGGACAAUGCCUGCUGGGACACAGAAAGAGUCCUCUACAGUUCCUCCUGAUCCUCGUGGUGACGCAACUGGUCCUGGGACUGAUGAGGGCAACGUCAACUUCCCCUUCCUGUUUGAGCCAUAAAAGACACCUGCAAAACAAGUGCUGCCACUGAAGCAUAGAUCAAUUGCUAAAACCUGACUGAGACUGACUGAAAUCUGCUCCACGCUUUUAUUAUAUAUAAUAAAGAAUGUCAUCAAAAGA